AUGUUGCCAACCACUUCAGUUAACUCUCGGAGCCAGGGCAAUGGUGCGCUGAGCCCCCGAGAUGCUGCGAGGCAUACAGCUGGAGCAAAACGCUACAAGUACCUGCGGAGGCUCUUCCACUUCCGACAGAUGGACUUUGAGUUUGCUCUUUGGCAGAUGCUUUACCUGUUUACUUCACCACAGAGGGUUUAUAGGAACUUUCACUACAGAAAACAGACAAAGGACCAAUGGGCGAGAGAUGAUCCUGCAUUCUUAGUACUUCUCAGUAUCUGGCUCUGCGUGUCUACUGUAGGAUUUGGAUUUGUGCUGGACAUGGGGUUUUUUGAAACAGUAAAGCUGCUCCUUUGGGUUGUAUUCAUAGACUGCGUAGGUGUUGGCCUCCUAAUUGCUACUCUGAUGUGGUUCAUUUCUAAUAAGUACUUGGUGAAGCAGCAGAACAGAGACUAUGAUGUGGAGUGGGGCUACGCCUUUGAUGUUCACCUGAAUGCUUUCUAUCCACUUCUAGUCAUUUUGCAUUUCAUCCAGCUGUUUUUCAUCAACUAUGUCAUCAUAUCCGAUUCUGUCAUUGGGUAUUUUGUUGGGAAUACGUUAUGGCUGAUUGCAAUUGGCUAUUACAUCUAUGUGACAUUCCUGGGAUACAGCGCACUGCCCUUUCUGAAGAACACAGCUAUUCUUUUGUAUCCCUUUGCACUUCUCAUCAUGCUCUAUUUGGUCUCCUUAGCAUGUGGAUGGAACUUCACCAAGAUGCUUUGUUCUUUUUAUAAAUACAGAGUGAAAUAAAACCAGGACUUCAGGUAUCUAAUGUUUAUUAUGUUUUAUCUUACCUGUCUCGACAGUAAAGAAAACAUUAAGAACAUUUUGUAAAUGGUUGUAAAUUUCUCUUUAUUGUAGAUAAUUGUGUAAAAAAGUUUGAAGUGUCCUUUUUUAUUAAAAUAUUUACAACAGUAAACA